AUGGAGGCACCGAAAUCGCCAGCGCCGCCGCCAAUAACAGAGUCGUUCGAGAUAACGCCACCGUCUGCCGUCAGCGUCGCAGCCUCCUCCACUUCCUGGGCAGCCGUCAUGUCGACUAGCGAGAUCCACACGAACAGACCGUCCGCCACCGAGUCUCCCAGCAGAGCGUACUCCAUGACCGGGUCGUAUCCAUCGGCGGCGGCCGCCUGCAGCCACAUGUCGUCCGCAUUGAGAGUGAACUCGUGGGUAUUAGUCACAUACGUGUCCUACUCGUUCACCGAUGUGAUGAGGUCUUGGUGCGUGGCGCGCUCGACAUAG